UCGUCGCAACAGUCUUCGCAACAGCAGCAAAACCAAUCAUCUCAAAAUCAACAGCAGCAACAGUCGCAACAGCAACAGACAUCUCAGUCUCCGUCCCAUAUUCAGCAGGCUCAACAGACUGUCACAAAUUCUCAUCAGCUGAUGUCUACUCUGGCCGGGCUCACAGGGUCGCCAUGUGGACAAUUGAAUGGAACUUCAGUAUUGUCUCGAGACUACCAGUAA